UUCUUCAUCGUGUCUCUUGCUACGGCUGAUAUUCUCGUUGCACUGGGAUCCAUGCCUUUAUGGGCUGCGUAUAUCAUAGGGGGUCCACCUGUUAUUCAGCAUGUUUGGGUACAGCAGUUAUGGCAUUUUAUUGAUAUCCUUUGUGGAGCUGCAUCGAUAAUCAAUCUUUGUUUCAUUAGUCUUGAGAGAUGUAUUUGCAUUUCAGCUCCCUUAAAACACCGAGCUAUUGUUACAACAGGCAAGGCUAUUGUCUCUAUUGCCUGCAUUUGGAUCUUUGCCGCUAUUGUCGCCGGGAUAAAAAUCAUUUUUUGGGGUCAUCCACCGCCAAUGUAUGAACUGACCGUCACGAUCACGUGCUUUAUUGUUCCUCUCAUUGUCAUGGUAAUUUGUUAUGUUAAAAUGUAUCAAGCUGCAAGACAUCAGAUAAAAAAGAUGAUUUUCACUGUCGAGGGAAAACCUAAACGAUUUCUAUUAUCGAGGGAGCUGAAAGCAGCCAAAACAGUGGGCGUGGUCAUUGGUGCAUUCAUAGUUUGUUGGUGUCCCUUCUUUGUGUUAAACUUGGUUUAUGGGCUAUGUAUCGAAUGUCGACCACUCCCUAAUGAAUCGAUUCUUGUAGCAAAAUGGAUGCAUUAUGUAAACAGUGUCCUUAACCCCAUCAUAUAUGCCUGUAUGAACAAAGACUUCAGGGGAGCGUUUAAAAAGAUAGUAAUGUACGUGUGCGCAUGCGUCAUGUGUAAGGACUACCAGGACGUUCUUAUUGAACAGCGGUCAUUUUACAGUGAGAGGAAUUCAUUCAGGAAUAACUCAUGUCGAAGUGGAACACGUAUGGACGAGAGGGACAGCUCGUUACGGUCUCAAGCCGACUCGUUCGUGAUGCACUCCAACUACAGCACAAUGGAAAAGCCUUCACCUCGUCAUGUUUAGCUUUAAUGAUCUCGAAGAAUUACUUGUCGUGGUGAUUAUUCUCUCAUCGAUCAGUUACGCUUGACUCUGUCAUUUCCUACAUAGUAAUUGGAGUCAAUGACUCUACAUUGGGAACCUGUAUCUUGCUUACGUUGAAGAGGUUGUCCAUGGCGUAGAAUGCCUAUUAUUGUAACGAGAGAUAUGUCAGUCGUUUGCUUUUGCCUAUUCUUUCUAAAUGACUUAAAGAAUACCCUUGCAAUCCAUCUUGAAUAUCUCAAUUAUGUGAUCUUUAAGUGCAACAGGAACAAUAAUCGAGUGUUCAGGAUCUUUUUUGGCAUUGCAAAGCUGCUUGGCUUCAUUGCUAGGCUUGACAAAGCUGUGACAUCGACGGCGCUUAUCUAAUAAAAAUUUA